UCGCGAGGGAAAAAGACCCUAAGCCGACCCAUUUCACAGCGAGGCGAGGUGAGGCGGGGACGGGAGCGCGUGCUGCGGUCAAGCCAGAGGUAGAGACGCAGGAGCAGGACCCUGGUGUCAAACCUUCGGUGAGAACAAACGUCGUUGCCACUCAAGUACACUGAUAAGGAUACUGAGGUCCCACCAUGGACUUAAUUUGCUGUCUCCAGCAAGGCCAGGGAGAGCUCGGGGGCUGUGCUGGGCAGGAGCCAGGGGAAAUCUCACAUCAGGAGGACCUGGCUGCAGGAGGUGCCUGGCUGCCUUCCCAAGCUGAGCAGCAGCCUCCUGGGAAAGGGCCUGCAAACCUGGAACCCCCACAGGCUUGCCCAGGGAGUCGGGGUGAGAUGGACGCCCUGAGACCUGAGGAGGACCGAUGGCCCCAGAGUGAGGGGAGGGCCCCAGAGCAGACGGAGGUUGCAGCAGUGGACCAGGUAGCGGCUCUAGCUGGGCCUGAGAGUGGAGAAGGGCCAGAAGCCAUGAAGAGCCCCGAGUGCAAGGACGAAUUUGUGGAGCUGAGUGAGCUGGAGAGCCACAAGGCCAGGUUGCAGUGGAGAGAGAGCCCGCGUCCGAACCAAGGCAGUGGGGAGGGCCUUGGGGGGAAACAGGAGCUCACUGCCAAGUCUCAGGGGAAAGCUCAGUUCUACCACAAGUACAAGAAAACCUUUACCUGCCCCUCACUCCUGACUUUGCGCACUAUAAGGCAGACUGGCAAGAAGCCCCACGUGUGCGUUAAGUGUGGGAAGAGCUUCCCCUGCCGCUCGACCCUGACUGCUCACCGCAAGGUGCAUUGUGGAGCGCCCACCCACCGCUUCACCCAGCGUGGGAAGAGCCUGGUGUGCAGCCCAGAGCUGGUCAAGCAGCAACCUGUGCAGAACGAGCAGCUUCGGUACCUCUGCGUCCCGUGUGGUAAGACCUUCAGCCAUUUCUCCUCCCUGGCUCAGCACCGGCGCGUCCAUUUGGAGAGGAAAACACACCGCUGCACCAAGUGCAGGAAGAGCUUUGCCAGCCAGCAAGACCUGUCCCAGCACCAGUGUGUGCAGAGCCGGCAGCAGCCACGCAACUGCACCGUGUGUGGAAAGAGCUUCAAGCAUCCCUCCGACCUGGCCAGACACAGGCCCUUGCACACAAGGGAGAAGCCACAUCAGUGCUCGGUGUGUGGGAAGAGAUUUCCAUACUCCUGUAACCUGACCAGACACAAGCGCAUGCACCCAGGAAAGAAACCAUAUCAGUGCACUGUGUGUGGGAAAAGCUUUACCUGUUCCUCCGAAAUGGUCAGGCACAAGCUCUGGCACACAAGGGAGAAGCCUCAUCAGUGCACUGUGUGUAAGAAGAGCUUCAGUCACUCUUCCAUCCUGGCCAGGCACAGGUGUUUGCAGACAGGGGAGAAGCCACAUCAGUGCUCUGUGUGUGGAAAAGGCUUUACACGCUCCUUCAACCUGGCCAGGCACUGGCGCUUGCACACAGGAGAGAUGCCACAUCAGUGCACUGUGUGUGGGAAAAGCUUUACACGCUCCUCCAACCUGGCCAGGCACUGGUGCUUGCACACAGGAGAGAAGCCACAUCAGUGCUCUGUGUGUGGGAAGAGCUUCAAGCACUCCUCCAACCUGGGCAGGCACAGGCGCUUGCACACAGGGGAGAAGCCACAUCAGUGCUCUGUGUGUGGGAAGAGCUUCAAGAACUCCUCCAACCUGGGCAGGCACAGGCGCUUGCACACAGGGGAGAAGCCACAUCAGUGCUCUGUGUGUGGGAAAAGCUUUACACGCUCCUCCAGCCUGGGCAGGCACAGGCGCUUGCACUCAGGAGAGAAGCCACAUCAGUGCUCUGUGUGUAAGAAGAGCUUCAAGCACUCCUCCAGCCUGGCCAAGCACAGGUGCUUGCAGUCAGGAGAGAAGCCACAUCAGUGCUCUGUGUGUAAGAAGAGCUUUAGGCACUCCUCCAGCCUGGCCAAGCACGGGUACUUGCACUCAGGGGAGAAGCCAUAUCGCUGCUCUGUAUGUGGAAAAAGCUUUAUACGCUCCUUCAACCUGGCCAGGCACAGGUGCUUGCACACAGUGGAGAAGGCACAUCAGUGCUCUUUGUGUGGGAAAAGCUUCAUACGCCCCUCCAGCCUGGCCAGGCACAGGUGCUUGCGUACCGCUGAGAAGCCAUAUGACUGCUCUGUGUGUGGGAAAAGCUUUAUACGCUUCUCCAAUUUGGCCAGGCACAAGUUCUUGCACACGGCAGAGGAGCCACAUCAGUGCACUGUGUGUGGGAAAAGCUUUAUCUGUUCCUCCAACCUGGCCAGGCACAGGUGCGUGCACACAGCGGAGAAGCCACAUCAGUGCUCUGUAUGUGGGAAAAGCUUUAUACGCUCCUCCAACCUGGCCAGGCACAAGUGCGUGCUCACAGUGGAGAAGCCACAUCAGUGCUCGGUGUGUGGGAAAAGCUUUAUACGCUCUUCCAACCUGGCCAGGCACAAGUGCUUGCACACACAGGAAAAACCACAUCAGUGCUCUGAAUGUGGGAAGAGAUUCAAGCAAGCUGUCCACUUGGCAAAGCACCAGCGUAUCCACACGGGGGAGAAGCCAUCGGUGCCCUCUGUGUGAGAAGAGCUUCAGGCCCUCCUCCACCCUGGCCCAGCACCAGUGCAUGCACACCCAGGAACAUCUAUAACCCCAUAGUGUCUGCGUUCAGGCAAGAAGCCUCAUGCUGGUGGACUGCAGAAAGUGUGCACCCAUUGCAGGGAAGUGCAGAACCCAAAGGGCCUGGAGACUGGCCCCUAAGGUUUGGUGAGUAGGGAGUGACAGGAAAUAGGGAACGUACCUUGGCAAUGUGCCUGGGGUGGGGGUGGGAAGGAGGAGAUGAUGAGCAGAGAAUGGGGCAGAGAUACCUGGAUAGGGGAGAGUGGGGAGAGUGGGACCUGGAUGAAAACAAAAAUGAAGGGUUGUGGGGGUGGAGAGAGGAGAGCUAGUGCGGGCUGCGAGAGAUGCAGGAGGAGACAGCUGGAAGGAUUUUAAGGGGAACUGGGCUUUUAACCAGUUCCUGAAAGAAGAAAGAAACUCAGAUGAAACAGAGACUGAGAGAGAGACGACAGGUGGCAGAAAGAAGAGACCAGAAGAAGAAUACUGGAGAGAGACUUACAGGGAAGCCGAAGGGAGUAGGCGACAGAGAUCUCCGGGUUGGUGAGUCCGAUACCUGGGGACUUAAGGUCUCCUCCUGAGGACGUAGAAAAGGAAAGAAAGUUAAUGAGUGAACAGGAUGUGAACCCCACGUUUAGAUAUUGUUAGGAAAUACAAGGUGGCACAGGAUUGCAUUUGCUUGGGACCCGUGCGGAGAAGAACGGGGCAAGCAGCUAAGAAAGUGUACGUUCCCAAAGAGAGGGGGAACUAAGUAUAUACCAGAUGUUGGCUGUCUAAGAAAGACAACUGUGAAGAAGAGUUACCUUGUUGACCCGCAGACUCAAUACACCCUUCGUCUCUCAGGACUAUGUUUAUUUCCGUGCCUUAUGCCAUCAAAGUCGUGGCAGGCAAGAAAUAAAGGAAAUGAACCAGUAUGUAAUAAAUGAGAGCCUGUGAUUUUAUUUUGUGGGCAUGGCUAAACUCUCACAGAGGGGCUAAGAGGAAACACCUCAAACAGAUGGCAGCACAGAUGCUAGGGGAACCUGUGAGGAGAUGAGCUUUGUAUCAGCCUUGAAGCCUGUGCUUUCCCAUCAUUCUCUUAAAGAAGCUAGUGCUCGCAGGGAGAAAAGAAGUGCCUUCAUAAUAAGGUGCCCUCCCCAAGACAGCUGGCUCCAAAUGACACCCCAGGACCGUCCUGGGCUGUCUCCCAGCUUUGUCCUCCCACCUGGUCCCAGGGUUCCUCUAUGUGAGGCCCUUGAGGUGCAGCAAGGAGGCCAUUUGUGGCUGGGAAAGCAUUCCCAAUCCUCCACCCAGACUUCACCUUUCCUCACCACCACAUGACCCCUGUCCACUGAUGGGUGCCUGCAACUUGUGGGCCCCCACCACACCCUGCAACUCCCCCUGCCCUCCUUCCCUUCAUUGCAUUUUCUAUAAUUCUGCCUCUGCUUAUAAAGCCCCAGAACUGGACAUGACAAUCCCUGUCAUUGGUCUCUGUGUGCUCUCCAGGGCUGUGAGGUGGGAACAGAGCAGGGCCCAGGACCCUUUUCCAGAUCAAAUCUUUGAUUUCCCAGUCCCUCCCCUUUCCUGAGGAGUUAGUAUAAUGCAGGAGUGUUAAGCCUGGGAAGCAGGAAUUGGUCUUAUUCGAGGCAUUGCUCCUAUAAAGGACCCUGCCCUGGGGGCCUUGGGAGGAACUUCUGGUGCGGGGCACUCG